AUGAUCUCUACUCGACCCACAACGCUGUACAUGCUUCACCCUCGUACUGCACGUACUACUACACGUACUGCACGUACUACUACACGUACUGCACGUACUACUACACGUACUGCACGUACUACUACACGUACUGCACGUACUACUACACGUACUGCACGUACUACUACACGUACUGCACGUACUACUACACGUACUGCACGUACUACUACACGUACUGCACGUACUACUACACGUACUGCACGUACUACUACACGUACUGCACGUACUACUACACGUACUGCACGUACUACUACACGUACUGCACGUACUACUACACGUACUGCACGUACUACUACACGUACUGCACGUACUACUACACGUACUGCACGUACUACUACACGUACUGCACGUACUACUACACGUACUGCACGUACUACUACACGUACUGCACGUACUACUACACGUACUGCACGUAGUACUACACGUACUGCACGUAGUACUACACGUACUGCACGUAGUACUACACGUACUGCACGUACUACUACACGUACUGCACGUACUACUGCACGUACUACUACACGUACUGCACGUACUACUACACGUACUGCUCGUACUACUACACGUACUGCACGUACUACUACACGUACUGCACGUACUACUACACGUACUGCACGUACUACUACACGUACUGCACGUACUACUACACGUACUGCACGUACUACUACACGUACUGCACGUACUACUACACGUACUGCACGUACUACUACACGUACUGCACGUACUACUACACGUACUGCACGUAGUACUACACGUACUGCACGUACUACUACACGUACUGCACGUACUACUACACGUACUGCACGUACUACUACACGUACUGCACGUACUACUACACGUACUGCACAAUCGCCAACAGAACCUGAACACCUAACUUAA